AUGUCGUAAGAUGUGAAAAAGAUAAAAUUUUAUCACAACACUGUAAUAUUUGCAGGCGUUUCUCGAAUUCACUCAAUCGGUGUUCCAACUGAACGAGGGAAGAACCGGAACGGAAGAAAUCAACAAGGAAUCGGUGCAACAGAGAGCCACCACCAUUUUUACGGAAUUGGAUUUGGAUAGAGAUGGACUCGUCACCUACGAUGACAUGAUCCGCUUUUUUCAGGUGAAAACUCGUUUUUCUUACUAGAAAUAUGUGAAGUUCGUGCAUUGUACAUUUUUCUGUUUUAAAGCCAAAGGUUUCAUAAUGCCGCGUCCAAAGUCUCGGAAAACCCGCAAAUCUCGCGGAUUUUGCAGUCCAAAGUCGGCAGAAAUUUGCGGGAAAUCCGGGAGUGCGCACAGCUGAACGAGUGUUACCGUACACCAUAAAGCUACGGUAUUUUUUGAAAAAAUUUAAAUUUCUCGAGAAUAUUUGAAAUUUUUCAAAUUUCUUGCGUAAAUUUUCAACGGUAUUUUUUGAAAAAAUUCAACUGCAAAUUUCUGCCGACUUUCGACUGCAAAAUCCACGUGAUUUGCGGGUUUUCCGAGACUUUGGACACGGCAUAAGAUCCGAACACCAGAUCUUACAACAAAUUGCAGAAAAACAACGAAUCAAGCCUGGGAUUCACACCCGUAUCUCCACUUCCGAAUGGUUUUGGAGUGAACGCCAAAUAA